CUCAAAGCCGUGUGUUUUAUUAUGUUUUAAACUGUCACCCACCAAAUACGUUUUCUUUUACUGUAUAUCAUACAUCAGGCAGCAUAACGAGAAUGGUCGGUGGGUCUGAUUCCUGCUGUGGAAGAGUGGAGAUUCUUCAUAGCAGUGAGUGGGGAACAGUGUGUGAUGAUGACUGGGACUUGAAUGACGCUGAUGUUGUGUGUAAACAAUUGAACUGUGGCAGAGCCAUCAGUGCCCCUCACAGCGCAGCAUUUAGCAAGGGGAGUGGACCGAUCUGGCUGGAUGAUGUUGGAUGUUCAGGAAACGAGAAUGUCCUCACACAGUGCUCACACGGAGGUCUGGGAACACAUAACUGUAAGCAUGGUGAAGAUGCUGGUGUUGUAUGUUCAGGAGAUCUGCAGAUGCCCACCCUUUCCAUAAUCUCCCUGCAUUCAGCUGUGUCUCCUGGAGAAAAUAUUCAGUUCAGAUGCACGACACCUAAUCCAAGGUGUCAAGAAAAUGCGGAAUUUUGCUUGUUCAGAAACAAAUCGUCAACAACGUAUCCCCGAAGAGAUGUAUCUGGUGUGACAUUCAAUCUGACUGCAGACGUCUCACAUCAGGACCAGUACAGCUGUUAUUAUUCUUACAGCAAUAACACAAUCAGGUCUUACAGGAGUAACACCAUUGAAAUCGUUGUAGUGAACCUGCAGCAGCCCGAAAUUUCUUUUCAGGAUCCUGAUGGAGGGUUUGUUUUGGGCCCUCAGGGGUCAGUGGUCACCAGAGGUCACAGCUUCACUAUUACAUGUUUCUCUGGAUCUCAGUAUCCUGGAGGCUUCUUCUACCUGUUCAAUGGACCAAAUAUCUCCAGAAGUCAAUCAGCCAUCAAUAACACUGCCUUCCUUAUAUUCCCUGAGGCGGAUUAUUCACAUCAGGGAAACUACAGUUGUGUUUAUGAAGUAAAUGUGUCCUCACGUACCUUCC